GGGCUGGCGGCUCUGGCGCCGUUUCCCGCCACAGCCGCGCCUCGAUGGCGGCGCUCGGUGCCGGCGGCGCCCCUCGGCCUGCGAGCCCGCCCCCCGUACGUGACCCGCGCGGCCCCGGCGGCGGCCGAGGGCGUGACCCGCUCUGCGACCCAGCGUUAGAGCCCACGUCCCACACCAUGUUUUCGGAGCAGGCAGCCCCUCUGGCGCAGGGGCUGCUGGCCCCGCCCUCGGCCGAGCCCCCCACCUUCCCCAGGGUGCCCGUGUCGGGAUACUCGGACUGCUCGCAGCCCUUCCAGCUGGGCGAGCGCGGCUUCUCCCGGCAGUACGCGCACAUCUACGCCGUGCGCCUGGCCGGGAUGCGGCCGGGCCUGGAGCGGCGCGCGCGCGGCCGCUGGGGCCUGAGGCUCAGGAUGGACUUCACAGGCUGGUUUAAAUGGGGAAUGACAGUCCCACAGCCACAUACUGGAUGGGAGGAGACACUGGAUGGGGCUGGAGCACCUCUGCAUCCCCGGGGGUGGGCUCCUGAGGUUCUCCCAGCCUGUAUCCCCUGUGGAUCCCUGCCUAAAGCCUGGGGACCUGUCAGCAUACCAGGAUCUUCUCUGGAUGUGAUGGGGAUCCUGAAUCCCAGUGGGGAUCUGGGGCAGAGGACCUGGCCCUGGCAGAAAUCAGGGAACGACAUUGCGCUGCGGAAGCUCUCGGAGCUGCAGGCAGGAGAGAGGUGCUGCGUGGUGGGGACACUCUUCAAGUCCAUGCAGCUCCAGCCCUCCAUCCUGCAGGAGAUCAGUGAAGAGCACAACCUGGUGCCUCAGCCGCCCCUGCCCAAGUACAUCCAGCCCUCUGAUGAGCUGAUCCUGGAGGAUGAGCUGCAGCGGAUCAAGCUGGAAGGAGCCAUUGAUGUGCAGAGGCUGGUGACAGGGACCAUCUUGGCUGUGUAUGGCUGCGAGCAGGACGAUGGCAGAUUCGUGGUGGAGGAUCUCUGCUUCGCCGACUUGCCACCAGCGCUGCCCUGGAACGGGCCCAGCUCUGACCGGUUCGUGCUGCUGGCCUCGGGGCUGGGGCUGGGCAGCGUGAGUGGGGAGGCCCUGCUGAGCACUCAGCUGCUAGUGGAUGUGGUGACAGGGCAGCUGGGUGCAGAGGGUGAGCAGAGCUGUGCUGCCCACAUCACCCGUGUCAUUCUGGCUGGGAAUCUGCUGAGCCAGAACACGCAGAGCCGAGACACUAUCAACAAGGCCAAGUACUUGACCAAGAAGACGCAGGCUGCAAGUGUGGAGGCUGUGAAGAUGCUGGAUGAGAUCCUACUGCAGCUCUGUACCUCGGUGCCUGUGGAUGUGAUGCCCGGUGAGUUUGACCCCACCAACUACACGCUGCCGCAGCAGCCCCUGCACCGCUGCAUGCUGCCCCUGGCCAGUGCCUACGCCACCCUGCGCCUCGUAACCAACCCCUACCAGGCCAGCCUGGACGGUGUCAGGUUUUUGGGGACGUCAGGACAAAACAUCAGUGAUAUCUUUAAGUACAGCAGCAUGGAUGACUACCUAGAGAUCCUGGAGUGGACACUACUGGCAGGACACAUCAGCCCCACAGCCCCAGAUACCCUGGGCUGUUACCCAUUCUACAAAUCUGACCCGUUUAUCCUCACCGAGUGCCCUCAUGUCUACUUCUGCGGCAAUGCACCCCACUUCCAGUCCAAGCUGCUCCACGGGAAGGAGGGGCAGCGUGUUCUGCUGGUGACGGUGCCGGAUUUCAGUGCCACGCAGACCGCUUGCCUCGUCAACCUGCGUGACCUCACCUGCCAGCCCAUCACCUUCUCUGGCUUUGGGGCUGACAGUGAGGACGGGGACAUGGAAGCUGGACACUGACCACAGGGAGGGCACAAGCCCCCACCCUUCGAGGGGUCCUGGCACGCACUGCCUUUGUCUGUCAUCUGGGAGGGUGACAGAGCUGGGGAAUCACUGGAGGGACAAGAUGUUCAUACCAAUAUAACUUGA